AAAAUGGCGGCCAAGUCAAAGAAGCGGCUGUCCAAAAUUGAAAAUAAAUUAACAAAAUUAGAUAAUUUAGAACUUAAAGAUAUUAUUUGCAGCAUUUGUCAGUCAAUUCUAAUAGAGCCAGUUACGUUGCCAUGUUACCAUGAUUUCUGUUUUCGUUGCUUUCAUGGAAGUAUCCAAAAUAACGCUUUGUGUUGUCCUCUAUGUCGCCUAAGAAUAGGUUCUUGGCUGAGGACAGCAACAAAACAAAACAAUUUAGUGAAUAAACAACUAUGGAAUUUCAUUAAAACUAAAUUUUCAAAUGAUAUAGAUAAAAAGGUUAGAGGAGAGGAGUUAGACUUGCCUAAUGAAACACCAUUGCCUCGUAUAAGUGAGCCUGGGGAAAUUCGCCUAGAAUACGAAGCCGAACUUAAAAGAUUGAGAGAAGAAAGAUUACGUCUUGAAGAAAAGCAAAUUUUAGAAACACAACAACUUAUAAGAAAACUACACCAAGAAGAGGAGGAGGCUCAUAAAAGAUAUUUGGAAAGAUUAAAGCAAGAUGAGUUACUGGCAAAACAGAUACAAAAAGAGAAUGACAUAGAUCCUAUGGAAUCAAGCUCAGAUCCCAAAAGAUUAAAAGAUUCUAAAAAAUGUAAGCUGAAGCCUAUGAAAAUUGACAGUUACUUGACUAAGUUAGGAGCUUCAUGUUCUGUUUCAAUAUCACAGUCAGCAGAUGAAGAGAGUGCUAAGACAACUACAGAAAUAAAAGAUAACAAUGUUUCUCCUGAGAUGGUGCCAAAUUACAGUAAACUCUUGAAAAACUAUGUGGGAAAAAGCAUAAGAACAGAAAUGAAUGUGUGGAAUAAAGAAAAUGGUAAUAAAAAGGGUGAACAAGUAACAGAUAAGAAAGAAAAGUCAAAUGAAUUAAGCACUUCAAGAAAUAAGAAUGGUCUGCUUUCCCUACUUGUUUCCCUACCUCUCCCUCAAACAAGAAUAGCAGAAGCCCACAAAAUAAAGAAGAAAAACAUUGAAACUGACAGUGUAGAUUCAAUGCAACAAGAGUUAUGUUAUUUUAAACCAAUAGAAGGAAGCACUCCUAUAAGCUUUGCCAGUAAUAAGGAUUUACCAUUACGAAUACCAAGCGUAAGACCGGAGCCCGAUGAGAGCAUUUCACCUAAAGUCAUAACACCAACUCGAGAUCAGUACUUGGAAGAGCUCUACAAUUUAAGGAAAUUGUCAUUAGAGCUCAAACUUCCAUCCGCAUUUGUUAUAGCUCCUAACAUCUUGAAACCCAAGGAGCAAAACAUUAAAUUAAGUCCAAAAUCAAAAUCUAAGAAAGGAGGUGUUAUACCUAAUUUAAAAGAUAACAAAUCUCAAUACUCCUUAAGACGUACUAGAUCUAUGGGAAGCAUAACAAAAGAUAAUGAGGUUACACCUAAAAAGAAAGGGAAGGAGAGAAAGGCAUGUUCAGACAGGAAGCCAUAUCUAAGAAGUGAUACGAGAAAGCCAAACAAAGCUUGUAGUCCUUUGGUGGUGGAGGAGUUUAUGAACAAUAAUAAAAUUAAAUCGGCUGUGAAAAAUUUGUCUAGUCCUUUGGAAAAUUGUGAUGUAAAAUGUAUAGUGCAAGAGCAACUGCGUAUCGAAAUGAUGAUUGAGCAGGAGCAAAAAGACCUAGAGCUUGCAAAAAAGAUGGACGCCGAAUGGAAUGGACGGAGGCAGCCUCGACGAGCUGCAAACAAACGACAAAUGACAAUUAAUUACGCACUUAGACCUGCAAAGAAAUUAAAAGUAUAGGGCUGCUUCUACCUCA